UUGCUGGCGUUCAAGUCGUUUCUCUUUCGACGUUGCCGGGUGCGUUAAACAAUAAAAAAAUUCAUUUUAAGCCAAGAAUCUUGACUGCAUACCAAAUACACUGUUAAAGCCGACUCGUGCACGCUUUUAGACGGUGUGCAUUAGUAUAUAUUUCUGCACCAGAAGGCGUUUCACACUUUGACAUCCGCACAACGAUCACAACAUGAACGGACCCAAACACAAACUUUGUACCAAACUCUCCAGCACAUAUCUGCGCAAAUGGUGGAUUACUAUUAUAAUCGCCGUCCUUUUACUAAUUGGUGGAGUUUUGGUUGCCUGUGAAUUUUCCGUGCUAAUCAAUGCGAUCGUUAAUCGCAUGAUUGCGCUGCGACCCGGCUCCAAGACCUUUGGCUGGUGGGCCAAGCCUCCCGUUGAGCCGCACAUCAGCUUGUAUGUGUAUAACGUGACUAAUGCGGAUGAUUUCCUAAGCAACGGCUCCAAGGCCAUUGUCGAUGAAGUGGGACCCUAUGUUUACACCGAGACAUGGGAAAAGGUGAACAUUGUGGAGAAUGACAAUGGCACGCUGAGCUAUAAUCUGCGCAAGAUCUACAAGUUCCGUGAAGAUCUGUCGGCUGGUCCCGAAGACGAUGUGGUCAUUGUGCCCAAUAUACCCAUGUUGAGUGCCACCUCACAGAGCAAACAUGCCGCCAGAUUCCUGCGCUUGGCCAUGGCCAGCAUCAUGGAUAUAUUGAAGAUUAAGCCAUUCGUGCAAGUCUCUGUGGGUCAGCUGCUCUGGGGCUACGAGGAUCCUCUGCUCAAGCUGGCAAAGGAUGUCGUGCCCAAGGAGCAAAAGCUGCCCUACGAGGAGUUCGGCUUGCUCUAUGGCAAGAACGGCACCUCAUCGGAUCGUGUCACUGUCUUCACGGGCACCGAGAACAUCAAACAAUACGGCAUCAUUGACAAGUUCAAUGGAAAAACACAUUUGCCGCACUGGACAACGGACAAUUGCAAUCGUCUGGAUGGCACCGAUGGCUCCAUCUUUCCGCCGCACAUUACCAAGGAUCGCAUUCUCGAGGUAUACGACAAGGACCUAUGUCGUCUGCUGCCAUUGGUCUUUGAGCGUGAGGUGGACACGCCCAACAAUGUGCCCGCCUAUCGUUUCACACCGCCCGAAUGGGUAUUCGCCGAUGUGGAAAGCCAUCCGGAUAACAUGUGCUAUUGUCCAGCGGGCAAGCCCUCCUGCUCGCCCAACGGCCUCUUCAAUGUGUCGCUGUGUCAAUACGACUCGCCCAUUAUGCUGAGCUUCCCGCAUUUCUACUUGGCCGACGACAGUCUGCGCACUCAGGUCGAGGGCAUUUCGCCGCCCAUGAAGGAGAGGCAUCAGUUCUACUUCGAUGUGCAGCCCACAACGGGCACCACUCUGCGUGUGAGCGCUCGCAUCCAGAUCAACUUGGCCGUCAGCCAGGUGUUCGACAUCAAGCAGGUGGCCAAUUUCCCGGAUAUUAUUUUCCCCAUUUUAUGGUUUGAGGAGGGCAUCGAUUCGCUGCCCAACGAGGUCACGGACAUGAUGCGCUUCGCCGAGAAUGUUCCGCCCAAAAUUCGCGUCGUUCUCAUCGUGAGCCUGUGCACCCUGGGCCUGGUGCUGCUGUUGCUCUCCACCUUCUGCUUGAUUCGCAAUUCGCACAGGCAGAGCACACUGCACUUGGAGGGCUCCAAUUACCUGGCCACCGCCCAAGUGGACAUGAACAAGAAGCAGAACAAGGAGAACCCUCCCAAUGGCAGAUAUUGAAGAGGCCUCGCCUCGCGCUGAGCUUCUUCAAUAUAUUUUUAGUCGGCGCGUUAGUCUUAAAAUGGAAUUUUCUUUUAGCUAGGGAACUCACAGGCAAAAUCUCUCCGAGUGCGUUUAGUCUAGAACAAAUGGAGCUGGGAAGACUUAUGUGUAUGUACUUAUACUGUAUAUUGUAUGUAUGAUAGGUCCUCGUUGUAAGUACUUAUGUAAUCGUUAUAAAAAAUUUCAAGUGUAUUAGCUAUAUAUAUAUAUAUACGUAUAUGUAUAUAUAUGGUCUGUCAAGCAACGGUCGUGAUCAUUUUAAGUCUCAAAAACAAACCCAAAUUCUAUGUCAUAAAAAAAAUUGUACAUGACCAAAUGAAAGUCACAAAGAAUAUAAAACCAAUUAACGAAACAAGA